CUCCACUUAUUACACAUUACAAUCAAAUAGAGUAUAAAAUUUGGCUUAUUUGCCUCUUUAGGCCAAGACCACCUACUAAAAUUCGCCUUGUUUUUUGGCCUUUCUAUAGCCAUAACUAAACAGUGUAUUUCAGUCAUUUGGAAUUGAUCACUAAGAAUGAUGCGUGUCCGUACAAAGUUACCAGGAUUCUGCAAAAGCAAAACUGUGGUCCGUGUUGGAGCGCGUUCGUCUUCCCAGCCAUACAAGAAGAAUGGCCUGAUCAAAUUCGAUAAAACUGACAACAAAAACAACAUAGAAAUGAGUUUCAAUAGUGUAGACUCGAGGCAAGAUUUUGAGAGUACUGGCAAUAAUAAUAGAGUUAUGGUUGUUGUUGAUCCUAGUCUUGAUGCCAAUUGUGCUUUGCAAUGGGCACUUUCUCAUACUGUUCAAAGUCAGGAUACUAUUAUUCUUCUAUAUGUUAGCAAAAUCUCAAAUGAAGGUGAAAAAGCCAACAGUGAAUUUAAUCAGAAGGCCUAUGAACUUCUUUGCUCCAUGAAAAAUAUGUGCCAAACAAGGAAACCAGGGGUGCAAGUGGAGAUAGCAAUACAAGAAGGAAAAGAGAAAGGAGCUGUGAUUGUAGAAGAAGCAAAGCAACGUAAUGUGUCUUUACUGGUAUUAGGACAGAGGAAAAGAUCAAUAAUGUGGCGACUGCUAAGGAUAUGGACAAGGAAAAGGUCAAGAAGCAGAGUUGUAAAAUAUUGUAUUCAGAAGGCCAACUGUAUGACAGUUGCUGUGAGAAGAAAGAGCAGCAAAUCUGGAGGAUAUCUGAUUACUACUAAACGUCAUAAGAAAUUUUGGCUUUUAGCUUGAUGGAGUUAUUUCAAGAUUUCAUCUUUUAUUUUUUCGUUUUUUGGUUAAUUCAGUUUGAAAGGAAUUAAUUUCAUUUCAGAAUAAAUAUUUUCUCUAUUCUUCCUGGACCAAAAUAAUUGGAAUAUAUAGGUUCAAACCCUUAAAAAAUCAAAGGCAAAGCAAGAAUGUAUGGUCAAGAAACAAU